AAUCAUCUGCACUCCACACGCGCUGUCUCUCGCGUUAAAUAUUGUUUUAUUUUCUCUUUUUUUCUUUUUCUUUUAUUUUCUUCCGUUUCCCUUCCAAAAAUUUGAAAACCAGAUCGAAAACUUGAACUAAGAGAGUCAGAGUAAGCACUUUGCGACCAGCGCUCUCCGAACCCUAAAUUCCCCGUUUUUCGCGGUAAAAUUCUCGCCGGAUUUAGGCUUUUCCCGCGCUCGGUGCGGCGUAGAGUGCCGGCGGCGGAGGUCUCCUUCGCUCGCUGAGAUAUGGAAGGAGGCGGGAGGCGGAUCACGGUGAGUCCGCGGCCGUGCUGCGGCCGGCGCGUGGUGGCGAAGAAGAGGCCGCGUCUGGUCGACGGCUUCGUCAACAGCGUCAAGAAGCUUCAGCGCCGCGAAAUCAGCUCCAACCGCGACCGCGCUUUCUCCAUGACGGACGCGCAAGAGAGGUUUCGCAACAUUCGCUUGCAGGAAGAAUAUGAUACACAUGAUCCAAAAGGUCCUUCGUCUGCUGUAUUGCAAUUUCUGAGAAAGAGGUCAAAGAUAAUUGAGAUCGUUGCAGCACGUGACAUUGUUUUUGCACUUGCACAAUCCGGUGUUUGUGCAGCAUUUAGCCGAGAGACCAAUGAAAGAAUAUGCUUCUUGAAUGUCAGUCCUGAUGAAGUUAUAAGGAGUUUGUUUUAUAAUAAAAAUAACGACUCACUUAUCACAGUCUCUGUCUAUGCAUCAGACAAUUACAGUUCUUUAAAAUGCCGAAGUACAAGGAUUGAAUAUAUAAGGAGGGUUAAACCGGAUGCUGGCUUUGCUCUUUUUGAAUCCGAGUCAUUAAAGUGGCCAGGUUUUGUAGAGUUCGAUGAUGUAAAUGGGAAGGUGCUCACAUACUCUGCACAAGAUAGUAUAUACAAAGUGUUUGACCUGAAAAACUAUUCCAUGUUGUACUCCAUUUCAGAUAAAAAUGUACAAGAGAUUAAGAUCAGCCCAGGGAUCAUGUUGUUGAUUUUUACUAAAUCAAGUAGCCAUGUCCCACUGAAAAUCCUCUCAAUAGAAGAUGGUACUGUUUUGAAAUCGUUCAACCAUCUCCUUCAUCGGAAUAAGAAGGUGGAUUUCAUUGAACAAUUCAAUGAAAAGCUUCUUGUUAAACAAGAAAAUGAGAAUCUCCAAAUUCUUGAUGUAAGGACUUCUGAGCUAACAGAAGUUAGCAGAAGCGAAUUUAUGACACCAUCUGCAUUUAUAUUUCUAUAUGAGAACCAAUUAUUCCUGACAUUUCGAAACCGAACUGUGGCUGUGUGGAACUUCCGUGGAGAACUUGUAACUUCUUUUGAGGAUCACCUCUUGUGGCAUCCUGAUUGCAAUACAAACAACAUAUAUAUAACCAGUGACCAGGAUCUUAUCAUAUCAUAUUGCAAGGCCGAUUCUGAUGAUUCAUUGUCCGAAGGAAAUGCAGGUUCUAUUAAUGUCAGCAACAUUUUAACUGGCAAGUGUCUUGCAAAGAUAAGAGCAAGUAAUGGCUUACCCAUGGUGAAGGAAUGCAGUUGCAGCGAUGACAAUUGUUCAAGUAGUGCUUGCAAUUCAGGGAAACGAAAGUGUUCCUCCAGAAUUAGGAGCACAGUUGCGGAAGCCUUGGAAGACAUUACUGCUCUCUUCUACGAUGAAGAGCGCAACGAGAUCUAUACCGGCAAUAGGCUCGGUCUGGUUCAUGUCUGGUCUAACUAAUGCACUGUUAAGCUUAUUCUUGCCUUGUGUUUUCUCAUUAGCAUUUAUCCAUGGUUGCGGUGAUAGUCCUCACCUGAUAAUAAUAACCUUUGGGAGAGCUGUAACCAUUAAGUGUUAUUGUAUCAUUCGUUUUUUAGUUUUUUUGUCAUGUCUUAGGCCAGUUUAAUCCGUAGGUGGCAACACCCCUGUAUUAAAGUGAUAGUAUGUUGGUACCUCUCCACAAUAUUGAAGAUGUAAUCUAUAUUUACAUUUAUGGAGUCAGCUCUAUGUAGUGAAAUAUGUGAAUAAAUGUUCACUUUUCUCUGUUCAUUCCUUCUUUGAUACUUUUGCCUUGUUGGGGCCUAGAGUGGAUUAACCUGUUUGCUCUCACAUGGAUUGUUAGAGCCGUAGUGCCAAAUCUGUGUGGGGAUAAAAGGAAAGGGAGAAAGCAAUAGAUAGUGUUGUAUUGUAGCUGUUACACUCUGGUUUCUGAUGGUACUUCAAUCAAUUCAAAUUUUUUUGUUC